CGGAAUGCCAUUUCUGUUCUGCGCUCGUGCGGCGUUCCGCGAGCGGAACUGGACGCGUCAGUAACGCGAUCGGUUUCUCGUCCCCGAUCGCCGGCCAUCGCGUUCAUCGCCGAUAAUAUUCCAACGAGCCGCGUUAGAUUAUGAGAUUCGCGAAAGAACACGAGAUCCACUGUCUUAGGAGAAGUGCUCGAGGAGACUGAAGCGAACGGAGAUCCCAAGAUGCCAAUUGGACCUGAUCAACGAAACUAGCCACGCAUCGCUUACUCAAAAUGAUACUGCAGACGAUCAUCCUGAUCCUCUCGGCAACGAUAUGCUACAGCAAUCCCGACGCAAAGAGACUGUACGAUGAUCUGCUGUCGAAUUACAAUCGACUGAUCCGGCCUGUUUCGAACAACAAUGACACCGUAGUGGUUAAACUAGGACUUCGUCUGUCGCAACUCAUAGAUCUCAAUUUAAAGGAUCAAAUCCUCACGACGAACGUUUGGCUGGAACACGAAUGGCAGGACCACAAAUUCCAAUGGAACCCAGCAGAAUACGGAGGUGUUACCGAACUCUACGUACCCAGCGAGCAUAUAUGGCUUCCCGAUAUUAUACUGUACAACAAUGCGGACGGGGAAUACGGGGUAACCACGAUGACCAAAGCCAUCCUGAACCACACUGGGAAGGUCCUUUGGACACCUCCUGCGAUCUUUAAGUCCUCCUGCGAGAUAGACGUCCGAUACUUCCCAUUCGAUCAACAAACCUGCUUCAUGAAGUUCGGUUCGUGGACUUACGAUGGUAUCCAGAUCGACUUGAAACACAUUAAUCAAGACACGGGCGACAAGGUGGAAAUCGGAAUAGAUCUGCGCGAAUACUACCCCAGUGUCGAGUGGGAUAUACUAGGAGUUCCGGCGGAACGACACAGGAAAUACUAUCCCUGCUGCGACGAACCCUAUCCCGACAUCUUCUUCAACAUCACGCUACGUCGCAAGACGCUAUUCUACACGGUGAACCUAAUCGUGCCCUGCGUGAGCAUCUCCUACUUGUCGGUGCUCGCGUUUUACCUGCCCGCCGACUCUGGCGAGAAAAUCGCCCUCUGCAUUAAUAUUCUACUGUCACAGACAAUGUUUUUCCUACUAAUAUCGGAGAUUAUACCAUCCACGUCGUUAGCGCUGCCGUUACUGGGCAAGUACUUGCUUUUCACUAUGAUUCUAGUGGGUGUCUCGGUGGUUAUGACGAUCAUCAUACUGAACGUUCACUACCGCAAGCCGAGCACCCAUAAAAUGGCGCCGUGGGUCAGGAAGAUUUUCAUAAGGAGACUACCGAAGCUGCUUUUAAUGAGGGUACCCGAUGAUCUACUCAACGAUCUCGCAGCGCAUAAGAUUUACGGGAGAAGAAGAUCCGGUAAGAAGAGCAAGUUCAACGCUGCACUCGCGGCUGCGGUGCAAUCCUCUUCCAUAGUCUCUUCCCCGGACUCCGCUCGUCAUCAACGAAUCGGUGGAUGCAAUGGGCUGCACACGACUGCGCAUAACAGAUUUUUGGCAGGCAUCGGUGGCUAUAAUGGACUUCCUACAGUGAUGUCCGGCCUGGACGAAUCCUUGAGCGAUGUAACUCCCAGGAAAAAGUAUCCUUUCGAGCUGGAGAAGGCACUGCAUAACGUGAUGUUCAUUCAGCAUCAUAUACAACGGCAAGACGAGUUCAAUGCGGAAGAUCAAGACUGGGGAUUCGUGGCGAUGGUUCUCGACAGGCUUUUCCUCUGGAUCUUCACGAUAGCCUCGAUCGUUGGCACGUUCGUCAUCCUGUGCGAAGCUCCAGCUCUCUACGACAACACCAAACCCAUCGACAUGCAGUAUUCUUCCGUGGCUCAACAGCAAUUCCUUCCUUACGGUGAUUUCGUAGAAACUCUCGAGUAGAACUCCUACAAACUGUAGUCAGACGAAGAAGCUGGGGUGCUAAUUUCUUCUAUUUCCCACGAUAAAGGGUCUCCACGUUUCUGAAUCUCUUCUCGUUACAAAGUAGAGAUCACGUUUGUCCAAACGAAUCACGACAACCUUGGCUUCUCCAUCCAUUUCAUUAUAAGAUAUACAAUUUUACAUAGCAUCUCUGAAAUGUCUAAAAGUAUGUUUGAUUUACUCUCGACGGUAUAGCACGUGCACACGACGAAUAAGUACUCUUGAACAACAGUAAGCGUAUUAGCAUUAUCGCUAAAGGGACACUGCAGUAUUAAUUUGUAGAAAUUUUGUAACGUCGAUUACGUAGAACACAUACGAAACGGAAUACUAAUUGCCCAUCAGUCUAAUUGCGUGUAGGAAGAAUUUCAUGCUCGAAUACCUUCUCGAAGAGCGAUCACGAUAAUUGUUAUGUAGUAUACGUAAUUUUUUCAACUACUAAAAUAUAAAUCAACCUUUUUCAUUAAAAACGAAAUAUAUACUCGAACUCGUUCGAUAUCUUGUAUGCGCAUAAAAAUGAAA